AAAACUUCUAAUGCGGAUCUUGGAGCAGACCUCCCCAGCCGGCGCAGAGGCUCCGCCAGCGAUACGCCCUGAAAGAGCUAUGACAAACAACUUAUGUGAAGUAAAUAGACCAAUAAAGAGCCGUUAUGUGGUGAAUCGCAUGGUCGAAGACUCUGCCCCUCUCGACUCAACCUUCAGUGCCAGCACAGACGCCCACCAGCCUUCCAAUCAGUUAGAACGAUACCUAUCCAAGCUUGUGGACCCAAUAGAUCUUAGGGUUGAUAGGUUCUGUGAGAUCGGAGGGAGCUUAAUAGCAGCGAAUUUCCGCGCCGGGCACGUUAUCACUAGACGAUGGUCAGCGCAGGGGCAAGAAACCUAUAACGUCCUAUCAGCACAAAGUGGAUAUUCGAUAUCAUUCAUGGUCCAACCAACAAGGAUCAAAUUGAGGCUAUCGAUCGCAACGUUCUUUCUAUAUCAGUUUGCACAGUGGUCGGACGUCAGCCUCCGGUUUCAGCUGCGGGUCUCGUCUUUGAUGACUAUCGACCAUCCAGCAUAUCUCGCCGCGGUGUGCGGAGACUGGCUGACUUUAAGGAAGCUUCUGACCAAGAGCGAUGUAAGGGUAACGGACCAGACUGCGAAUGGAGAUACGCUACUUCAUAUCGCGGUUUCAAGAAAUCAGACCAGUCUAGUAAAGGAGCUUCUUCGACACGGAGCCGAUGUCAAUGCCACCAAUGAUCAAAGCGAGACGCCUUUGCACAUCGCCGUGGCUUGCAUGUGUGACUACGAAGUCUCAAGGUGCCUUAUCUCGUCUGGAGCCAAUAUGCUCCACCAAGACUUAGGUAAAAAAACGCCGCUCCACACCUAUUUCAAUGAGAACCUUCGGAAAAUACUCGAGUUUCAUCGGGACAACAUAGAUACGACUAUAAGAGAUAGCGAAGGGAUGACUAUUUCUCACUACGUGUCUUUUACCAAGCAGUCUAGCCCAGAAGACAUAGCUCGUUCGCUAGGUCCACAUCCUUCCAACAUCUGUUCGACUGACCAUGAGGGACGAACAAUACUUCACCUAGCGCUUCGAAGAGGGAACCUAGAACUCGUUAAAUACUUAUUUGAGCAAGGGAUCGAAGCAUUAGAGCAACCAGACCACCACGGUCACACUCUGAUGCACUACGCCACCGAGAGUCGCCGCAUUCAACUGAUUGACUUCCUAAAUUUACGAGGACAUUCCAUCCGCGCAAGAGACAAAACAGGUCGUACUGUUCUGCACCACGCAGCCUCGAAGGGCAAAUUAGCUGCGGUAAUAAAGCUCCUCGAACUUGGGGCGGCGUCAGAUCUGGAUGCUCUAGACCUUGAUUCACGCACGCCAAUACAAGUUGCAGCUCUGUUCGAAGCACACGCUGUGGUGGAAUACUUACAGAAAUUGUGUAAGCCGCAGAUGCUAGUAUAUCCCGGGCGAGCAAUGCAAGACGCUAGAAGCGCAGUGGCAGGCGCUGAUAGAUUUACUAAGAUGUCGAUGUUGGUGAGCGCGAAGUACUUGUACUGUUUGUUGUUUCUUGUAGGAUUUUCGAUGGGCGUUCUGUAUGCAUGAAUGGGGU